CUGUCAAAAAGGUGUGGAGGUCACGCACCGUCACCACCAGGCACAUUUAGUUUGUGCUCAUUUGCGCUCCUUCUCGCACCCUUGUAGCCCGGCGCAUUCGACCUCAGCAGCUCCCAGGCUGGAGUGACAAAUGCGGCUGGGAGUGGCUGGACAACCCCGCCAACGACUUCUGCUACCUGAUGCGAGGAAGCGGCCGCAAAACCUGGAAAGAGGCGCGCGACGACUGCAAGCUCUACGGAGCUGACCUGCUCGCCAUCACCGACUCCCAUGAGCAGGCUUUUGUACACGGUCACAGCAAGGCUCUACUGACAUCUCCCUCCCUGUGGCUGGACGCCAAAGCCUCCCUCGCCGAGGACGGCAGCAGCUGGGCCGACGGCUCCCCGUUCAGCUACGUCCACUCGAGCGCAGGUCACCAUGACAGCAAAUCUAAAGGAGACUGUCUUUCCUUCCUCACUGACAACGGCUACUGGAAAUUUGACAUGUGCGAGAACAAGAGAGGCUACAUCUGCAAGAGAAGAGCGGCGACAGCGCAACCAGCUCCGCUGCCUCACGCUGGCUUCGUCAAGCUCGAGGUAUGCAAGAACGCGGACGGCCGCGCCACCUGUCCCGAGGGCAAAGUCAUCCGCAUCCAGUCGGCCUUCUACGGACGGAGGAGCGGUGACGUCUGCCCAACCCAAAUGGGAUCAGACGCGCCAGGCUGACGUGCAACUGGCUGCUCGCUCGCAG